UUUUCGCAAUAACAAAUGCGUUGUAAAUUAAUCGCCCGCAUCCGUCCUGGCGUAUAUUUGCUUGCCGUGAACGAAACUCCACAUUCGCUCGCUGCCUUCAGAAAAGAUGGGUUAGCAGCCGCGAUCGCCCUCUUGGUCAUUGCCUGCAGAAACCCCACCUUCGCCCAAAGCGUCGAGGACCCAGCAAAGGAGGCGAAGGAUGAGGGUCUCCCAGCCGAGAACAGCUGUAGAAUUCCGGGGGUCACGUAUCCUAUCGGAAUAACCUACGAGGAGCUGGUCGCCGGCCUGGACGCGGACGCCUUGGUGCUGAUCGACGUGAGAGAUCCGCUUGAGCUCAGGGAGACGGGGAAGCUGCCCAAGAGUCACAAUGUCCCACUCCCUGAGUUCGAGACGGCCUUCCAGCUGAGUCCCGAAGAGUUCACCGAGAAGUACGGGUUCCCGAAGCCUACCCCGCAGGACGAGAAUGUCGUUCUGUCCUGUCAGUCCGGCUGCAGGAUCGUCACGGCCUGGGAGGCUAUCCAGCCCUUCGGAUACUGCCGAGUGCGGUUGUAUUACGGGUCUUUCCUGGACUGGGAAUCAAGACAUGGUCCGCUGAUUAAAGAAAACAAAGAAGAAUUGUUCCUGCGUAGCAUGAGAUCAAGAUGGAAAUUAGUCGGACAUAAGUGGCUGCCACCGUCUUCAUCCGGGAAAACGGAAUUAGCGGCCGUCCUUGUGGUGCUUGCCGGGGCAGGUGUUUCGUUUUCUAUGACCAUCAGGGACGGUGCGAGGGGGGACUUGGCUAGCGAGGAUGGAGAAUCCUUUAAGAACGCUUCCUGUAGGAUUCCGGGGAUUACUUAUCCUAUUGGGAUAGAAUUCGAGGAGCUGGCUGAAGGUCUGCUCAAUGACUCCGUGGUGUUGAUCGACGUAAGGAACCGGUGGGAACUGGAAGAGACUGGCAAACUGCCCAAAAGCCAGAAUGUGCCUCUGCCCGAGUUCGAGACCGCCUUCAACCUGAGUCCCGAGGAAUUCCUGAAGAAGUACGGUUUCAUCAAGCCAGAACCAGAGGACGAGAACGUUGUGCUCACCUGCAGAUCAGGACGCAGAAUUUUGCUGGCUUGGGAUGCAAUUGAACCGCUUGGAUACUGCAAAGUGCGAUUGUACUUUGGUUCUUACUUGGACUGGAAAGCUAGAAGUGCCCCACUGAUACCUGUUCCCGGAUCUCUGGAACCGUGAAAACAGACCUUCACAUAAAAAACGGUCUAUAAUUAUAAGCUUAUUUCAUAGAUCAGAACAUUGAAAUUAAAGACAUUUCUUUUUCCCUUGUUCGUUUUUAGGAAUUCAAGGUUCUGGAUGAUUUCAAUUUAAACCAAAUACACACACAAAAUGGAAUAUAAAGUUAGA